AUGGCACCAGUCAACCAAGAAACCGCCAUUGAAGCUCUGGACUAUGGAUCAAGCGUCACUUUCAAAUCCCCUACAGAAAUUGUAUAUUUGGAUUACUUUCCAUCGCAGCUUCGUGCGAAGCCACCCAGAACAGCAGAAGAGAAAGCAGACUGGACUCGGUUUGUGUGUAUCAGCGAUACGCAUGCUCGGACGUUUGAUGUCCCAGAUGGUGAUGUGCUGUUGCAUAGUGGAGACCUAACAAACCUGGGCACCGAGGCUGACUUUCAAAAGACAGCGGAAUGGCUAUAUUGUCUGCCGCAUAAGACGAAAAUCAGGAAACCACGACCUAACGUUACACGCCGACUGAAUCGCGACAAGAUCAUGGACAUGCUGAAAGGAAAGAAGGCCAGAGACGCAGGACUCGUCUACCUUGAAGAUGAAUACUAUGAAUUCAAAAUCAGAGACAGUGGCCGGGUUUGGAGUGUUUAUGGCUCACCGUGGUCGCCGUGGUUUCAUAACGGGGCAUUUAACUAUGAGCGGGAACAUGCCAAAGAAUUGGUUGCAAAGUUUCCUAAAACAGAUAUUCUGUUGACACAUGGUCCUGUACAUCAAAUCUUUGAUCAAGUUAUAGGCGGAGAGCAAGUCGGGUGUGAAGCACUCAGAGCCCGUAUGCCUGAGCUGCGGCCCCGUCUUCACCUUGCGGGUCAUAUACAUGAAGCACAUGGUGCUUACAUACAUACAUGGGAUCCCGAAAACAACUAUGAGGCCCCCACUAUCCAAAAUGAUGACCCCAGGGUGUUAAGUGACCUGACAACUUCGGACAAUCUGCCAGAUGUUAAGCAUAGUAAUCCUGAACGUGAACGCACUGUGUUCAUAAAUGCAGCCAAUUGGCCGAUGGGCAAUAGGGCGAAGCGCAACAUUACGGGAACUUUGAAUCGCAAAAUUCCUUUUGGAGGCCCUGGAUUUCAGGCAGUUGUCGUAGAUCUCAAAGAUUGA